AUGCCUUUUGUAAAGAAAUGCCCGUUCCUGCGACACAAGAUUGAGGAGGAUGUUAGAGUGCUGGAUUACCGACACUCCGGUCUCCUGGACCUGCCCACUGAGGUGUUCGACAAGGAGCGGACCCUGGAGGAGCUCUUUGCCGACUGUAACCAGAUCAGGGAUUUACCCAGGGAACUGUUCUACUGCCAAGGACUACGCAAGUUGUCCAUCAGCGACAAUGAGAUCACCAGCCUGCCCCCAGCCAUCUCCAGCCUGACCAACCUAGAGGAGCUGGACUUCAGCAAAAAUGGGAUCAUUGAAGUGCCUGACAGCAUCAAGUCAUGUAAAUACCUGAGGUCUGUGGAUGCCAGUGUCAACCCACUGGGCAAGUUACCAGAAGGUUUCACACACCUGGCCAACCUGACACAUCUGUAUCUCAAUGAUACCUUUCUGGACUUUCUGCCAGGUAGCUUUGGAAGAAUGGUGACGCUGAAAAUCCUGGAGCUGCGGGAGAACCAUCUGAAAACUUUGCCUCGAUCUUUCAGUCGCCUGAUUCACUUAGAACGACUAGACAUUGGCAACAAUGAACUAACUGAACUGUCAGAUGUCAUUGGAGGAUUGGCAAGUCUUCUGGAGCUGUGGUGCGACAACAAUCAAAUCACUACCAUUGCUAAUAAUAUUGGCAGCCUGAAACAGUUGAUGUUUUUAGAUGCAAGUUACAACCAACUCCAAGAGCUGCCCCCAGAAAUAGAGGGAUGUACUUCCUUGGCUGACCUUCACCUUACCUCUAACAGUAUGGUGGCGCUUCCUGCUUCUGUUGGAAACUUGGUCAAUCUGACAACUCUGAAAGUGGAUAACAAUCAGCUGACAUGUUUGCCACCAACCUUGGGAGAGCUAUCCUCACUGUCAGAGUUAAAUGUCAGCAACAACAACCUGCAGGAGUUGCCAGCUAGCAUCGGGCUCUUGAGAAACUUGCGGACAUUUUAUGCAGAUGAGAACAUGCUGCAGCAAAUACCAGCAGAAAUUGGUAGCUGCAGUGGGAUUACAGUAUUGUCCUUGAGAAGCAACAAAUUGACCUACAUUCCAGAUGAACUGGGUCGAAUCCCUGGUUUACGAGUACUUAAUUUGAGUGAUAACUUGCUUUGUUAUCUCCCUUUCUCCAUUGUCAAACUGAAGGAGUUGCAAGCAUUGUGGCUAACGGAGAACCAGACUCGGCCACUGAUUCCCCUCCAGUCCGAGUUCGACGCUGAAACUGGCAGGAAAAUACUCACCUGCUACCUGCUACCUCAAGGUCACAUGAAGGAGAAUG